UGCUUCUCUCCCUAGUGUUCAACAGCCAACAUGUCCAGCAAAAAGGCAAAGACAAAGACCACCAAGAAGCGCCCUCAGCGCGCUACUUCCAAUGUGUUUGCGAUGUUCGAUCAGUCCCAGAUUCAGGAAUUCAAGGAGGCCUUCAACAUGAUCGACCAGAACAGGGAUGGCUUCAUUGAUAAGGAGGACUUGCAUGACAUGCUCGCCUCCCUUGGAAAGAAUCCAACAGAUGAAUACCUAGAUGCCAUGAUGAAUGAGGCUCCAGGCCCCAUAAACUUCACAAUGUUCCUCACAAUGUUUGGUGAGAAGUUAAAUGGCACCGACCCGGAAGACGUAAUCAGGAAUGCUUUUGCUUGCUUCGAUGAAGAAGCAACAGGGUUCAUCCAAGAAGACUACCUGCGAGAGCUGCUCACCACAAUGGGAGACAGGUUCACAGAUGAGGAGGUAGAUGAGCUGUACAGGGAGGCACCCAUUGACAAAAAGGGGAACUUCAACUAUAUUGAGUUCACACGCAUCCUGAAACAUGGAGCAAAAGACAAGGAUGACUGAGCAGAUCCCCAGAUAACUGCAGAGAGCUUUCCUCCUCCCCUCCCCCCUCCCCUCCCCCAUUAAUUUUAUUUCUCAGGAUCUGUUUUCUCUUUUUUCCUGUUGGGAUCUUUUGCAUACAUUUUUAGCAUUCCAGCUUUUUACCUGUGUGG